UUGGAGAGCAAAGGAUCAUCGUCAAGUGAUGGCCAAGUCAGGGGCGCUAGAACUUGCUCGGAGCACCGGAGGGUCGCUUAGCAAGGACCAAGUCAAAUCCGCCGUUGAUCAGGGCUGCCUCUGUCGGACCACUCCACUUCUUGCUUCCAGCAACCGUUCGUCUAGCCGGCCUGACGUCGCGGCGCCCAACACGGCAACGCGCCUUUUUCUUCCGCACGCUGCGCUGGCCCCCUUCUCUUGGUAACUUAGCCGUAUUGAUAUAUGCACUGAUGACUGGCCAGAGGCGACGAUGGAGACGGUCUGCUAGUUCAAGUUCUACUUCCUUCCGCGGCCGCACGCGCGUCGUUCGACGAAUUGCCGGAGCCAGCUGAAAAUCGCCGGAGGUGCUCUCGGCGGUCCUGGCCUGAUUCUCUACCGACGCGAGCUGUGGUCAGUAGCCACGUCUGUAUAUCCACGUCUAGCUGGCCAUCUUUGCACCCUCCCCACGUCCAUGGACCCUCCAAGAGGUGGAGCUUCCACCUCCAGUGAAUUAGAAGAACACAGCAGUGGUAGGGUAAGCAGAUCUGCAAUGUUGUGGCCUAAUUCAGCACUGUUCUUCUAUAUAAAAUUCCAAACUUACUGGGAGCCUCCAUGGCUACCUUUUCUUGCACUGCCCCACCCCUGGAGUCCUGACUCCUGAACCCUCCAGGUGCCCUGGUGAGCGCUCAUCAUCCUCUGUGAUGACGAUGAUGAUGACAAAAGAGAGGUCAUUUGUUGCUAAGUCGAGACGGAUGAGUAUUGAGUAGGCGGCCUUAUAGGAGCACUAAGAUGUUCCGGGCAAAUUUGUGGCAUUUACACACAUGCUGUUACUGCUGAUUCUUCUUUAAAAGCCAUGGAUGUAUGUCAAAUACCACGACCUCCAUGGAGGCAAACAAGAAUCAAGGAAGUCAAAUUACACCGAUUUGGCAAACAAGUACUAUGAUCUUGUCACUGGCUUUUACGAAUAUGGAUGGGGCGACUCAUUCCAUCUUGCUGGCGGAUAUCCGGGUGAGACUUCCCGUGAAGCCAUUAAGCGGCACCAGCAUUUUUUGGCACUACAAUUGGGGCUCAAGAAGGGUAUGAAGGUUUUGGAUGUGGGAUGUGGAAUUGGGGGACCUUUAAUAGAAAUCGCCAGAUUCAGCUCAACAUCGAUAACUGGACUGAACAACAAUGACUACCACAUCUCAAGGGGCAAGGAGCUCAUUUUUUCAGCAGGUUUGAGUGAGCAAUGCUGCUUCUUGAAGGGGGACUUCAUGGACAUGCCAAUAUCUGAUAACACCUUUGAUGCGGCCUAUGCAAUACAGGCUACAUGUCAUGCACCAGAUGCACAAGGCGUCUAUAGUGAGGUCUACCGUGUGCUGAAACCUGGGCAGUAUUUUGCACUGGAUGAAUGGUGCUUGACCGACCGAUUUGAUCCCAACAACGCCAAGCAUUUGGCCAUCAAGGCUGAGAUUGAGCUCGGUGAUGGCCUACCUGACAUCCGUACCACUCGCCAAUGUGUCCAAGCUAUGAAAGAUGCAGGAUUUGAGGUCGUUUUUGCAAAGGAUCUUGCUCAAGUUUUUCCUUGCCCGUGGUACCGGGUGAUGGAUCCCACCUACUUUUCAUGGGCUCACUUCCAAUGCACACGCCCAGGACGGAUCGUCACCCGUGCAAUUGUCAAUACACUAGAGUUCCUCCGUAUUGCCCCAGCAGGCAGCAUGGGAGCCUACAACGUCCUGAUGAGUGCCUCUGAUGGCCUUCUAAAAGGUGGCCGGGAAGGUAUCUUCACAGCGACCUUCUUCGUCCUGGGCCGCAAGCCUCUCAAGGAAGUUGAUAUAGUAAGCCUCUCAAGGAAGUUGAUAUAGUGAACGGCGGCGUCCUUUGAGCUGCAAGAUUAGUAUGGGGCUGUACUCAUAAGAGCUAUGAAUCAUGGCCAACGUGUUCUGUGCUGAGGUGUGUUUACUGGAUUGUCUUAUGGGUUAUGGCCCUUGCGCUGUGUGCUGGCCUGCUGGGUCAUGUUCCCGCAGUAGCCUGUAUCUGCUUGUCAGCUUGUGUGCUGUGUACUAUGCACUAUCUGAAUAAAAAUGCAGUUUUACGCAUUGUUAUUAA